ACUCAUUUUGGCUUGUAAUAUUUGAUCAGAAAAUGGAGGAUGGUAAAGGGAUGACGAUGAUGAUGAAAAAGGAUGCAGAAAUUGAUACAACUGCACCCUUUCGUUCAGUUAAAGAGGCUGUGGUUUUAUUUGGAGAGAGAGUUCUUGCUGGAGAACUCUAUGUCAAUAAUCUUCAAGAGACGCAGGACAGAAAAAGAGAAUAUGUCCCUUCCAAGGUCGGAACCAUGAAAGCUGAGCUAGAGGAGACGAAGAAUAACCUCAAAAGAGCGCACGAAGAAGGCAUGUUAAUGGCAAGUUGUCUCUCUUCAAUGCAACAAGAGCUCGAACAGACUAAAAGAGAAUUGAAUCAACUUAAAGAACGCGAAUCCCAAAAACAAGAAAUAGAUUUGGAUAUCGAGCACCUGAAAUUUGUUGAAGAUUCGACGAGAUUUGAACUCAGAACCCAAAAGACUGACCAAAAAGUCGAGUUUCAAAAGAAUACAUACAUGACAUCUGUAGCACAAGUUAUGAUGCCACCACCUGGUGAUGCUGCUGUCCUCGAAAGGCACCCUUCUCUCAAGAAGAAGAAAAAGAAACAGUUAAUCCCAUUUAUUGGGAGGAUUUUUCCCUGGAAGAAAUCAGGUAGCUCUGAAAUUGCUUGACCAAAAUGCAUGAAAUUUGGGGAUGUUUUACGAGUUUUGUAAUAUAAUGAGAUAAUCAGACAUAAUUAAGUUUUUAUCAAUAAGGUUGUCUCGAUAAAGUUCAAAAAAUAAAAAAUAAAAAAUUAUAUUUUU